GCUCGCCGCCUCGGCCCGCGCCCUCGCCCCUCGCGCUCUCGCGAGAUCUGCGCCUCCGUGGGUCCGAGGGGCGCCGAGCGCGCGGCCUCGGGCGGAAGAUGGUGCGCGGCGCCCCGGGGGCCUCGCGGCCGCCGCCGCCGUGUCUGCUGCUGCUGCUGCUGCUGGCCGCUGCGCCCCGGGCUGCGGGCCUCGGCCCUGACCGCAGAUAAACUAUUAGUCCUAACGGUAGCCACACAAGAAAGCGAUGGGUUUCAUCGGUUUAUGCAGUCGGCCAGAUAUUUCAACUACACUGUGAAGGUCCUCGGUCAGGGGGAAGAGUGGAGAGGAGGCGGCGGGGCGAAUAGCAUCGGAGGGGGUCAGAAAGUGAGGUUGCUGAAGGAAGCCAUGCGGCAGUACGCCAGCCAAGAGGAUCUGGUUAUCUUCUUCACGGAAUGUUUUGAUGUCAUCUUUGCGGGCCCGGAGGAAGUUCUCAAAAAGUUCCAAAAGUCCAACCACAAGGUGGUCUUCGCAGCCGACGGGAUUCUGUGGCCGGACAAGAGGCUGUCGGACAGAUACCCCGUGGUGCACAUCGGGAAGCGGUACCUCAACGCCGGAGGGUUCGUGGGCUAUGCUCCGUACGUCGGCCGCAUGGCGGAGCUGUGGAACCUGCAGGACAACGACGACGACCAGCUCUUCUACACCAAGCUGUACCUCGACCCGGGGAAGAGGGAAGCCUUGAACAUCACUCUGGAUCACAAAUGCAAAAUCUUCCAGACCCUCAACGGAGCCGUAGACGAGGUGGUUUUGAAGUUCGAGAAUGGCAAGACGCGGGUGAAGAACACGUUCUACGAGACGCUGCCCGUGGUGGUCAACGGCAACGGCCCCACCAGCAUUCUCCUGAAUUACUUUGGCAACUAUGUACCCAACUCCUGGACGCAGGAGAGCGGCUGUACUGUCUGUGACUCAGACACCAUCGACCUGUCGGCUGCAGACGCGCUGCCAAAUGUGACCCUGGGCGUUUUUAUUGAACAACCGACACCUUUCCUCCCUCGAUUCCUGGACCUGUUGCUGGCGCUGGACUACCCCAAACAAGCACUCAAGCUCUUCAUUCAUAAUAAAGAAGUGUAUCAUGAAAAGGAGAUCAAGGUGUUUUACGAUAAAGCUAAACACGAAAUCGGUACUCUGAAAAUAGUAGGACCAGAAGAAAAAUUAAGCCAAGCAGAAGCCAGGAACAUGGGAAUGGAUUUCUGUCGCCAGGAUGAAAACUGCAAUUACUACUUUAGUGUGGAUGCUGAUGUUGUUCUGACCAACCCGAAGACUUUAAAAAUCCUGAUCGAGCAGAACAGAAAGAUCAUCGCUCCUCUGGUCACGAGGCAUGGGAAGCUGUGGUCCAACUUCUGGGGGGCCCUGAGCCCCGACGGUUACUACGCCCGCUCGGAGGACUAUGUGGAUAUCGUGCAAGGCAAGCGAGUUGGCGUCUGGAACAUCCCAUACCUAGCUAACGUGUACUUAAUCAAAGGAGAGACGCUGAGGUCAGAGAUGAAUGAGAGGAACUACUUCGUGCGUGAUAAGCUGGACCCGGACAUGGCGCUUUGCCGGAAUGCUAGAGAAAUGACCUUACAGAGGGAGAAAGACUCCCCUACUCCGGAGACAUUCCAAAUGCUCAGCCCCCCAAAGGGUGUGUUUAUGUACAUUUCUAAUAGACAUGAGUUUGGACGACUGUUGUCGACUGCCAACUACAACACUUCGCACUACAACAACGACCUGUGGCAGAUUUUUGAAAACCCCAUGGACUGGAAGGAGAAGUACAUCAGCCGGGACUAUGCGAAGAUCUUCACGGAAAAUAUCGUUGAGCAGCCCUGCCCCGACGUCUUCUGGUUCCCCAUAUUCUCUGAGCGAGCCUGCGACGAGCUGGUGGAGGAGAUGGAGCACUACGGCCGCUGGUCCGGGGGGAAGCACCACGACAGCCGCAUCUCGGGCGGCUACGAGAACGUGCCCACCGACGACAUCCACAUGAAGCAGGUGGGCCUGGAGGGCGUGUGGCUGCACUUCAUCCGCGAGUUCAUCGCCCCCGUCACCCUCAAGGUCUUCGCCGGCUACUACACGAAGGGGUUCGCGCUGCUGAACUUCGUGGUGAAGUACCCUGAGAGGCAGCGCGCCCUCCGGCCCCACCACGACGCGUCCACCUUCACCAUCAACAUCGCCCUCAACCACGUGGGGGAGGACUUCCAGGGAGGCGGCUGCAAGUUCCUGCGGUACAACUGCUCCAUCGAGUCCCCCAAAGGCUGGAGCUUCAUGCACCCGGGCGCUCACGCACCUGCACGAGGGCUGCCGGUGCGCAGCGGCACCCGCUACAUCGCCGUGUCCUUCAUCGACCCCUGAGCGGCGACGUCGCGGGGGAGGGAGGGGCACCCCAGGAACGCCCAACAGCCUCACCCGGGCCGCGCAUCCGGAACGCACGCGUGUGCGGCGGUAUCGGUGUCCCGGGACGGAGGCCCUGCCCGGCGUCGUGCGGAGCCUCACGACACGGGUGAAGAAGGCACGAGUAAUUUAUUUGCACGCCUCGUCGUGGCUCGCCGGAGCUGUGCGCUGCAGGUGCCAAGAGACCCAGCCUCCCGUGAAGCCCAGUGGUCCUCUAUUUAAGAAGCAGCUC